AUGCGAAUUGGCGUGUUUUGUUGUAUUUUCUGUGCGCCUAACUGCAUCCACCUCAUAUUUCCUGCUCUAUUUUCUCUUUCUUUCUUUUCCUUCAUUCACACGCUUUGUUCAAACUCGUCAUCAAUAUUUCUUCGGGAUUUUUUUUUUCCUUCUUUUCAUCUUCUUCUACCACUUAUCUCCAUUUUAUACUUUUCUUUCUUUCUUUCUUUCUUUCUUUCUUUCUUUCUUUCUUAUCAUGAUUGUCUCCCUUUGUAUUAUCUUCGAAUCACUUUUUUCUUUUUGCCCUUGCUCAGUUCACUUCCAAUACACAAUUCUUCUUCUUCUUCUUCUUCUUCUUCUUCUUCUUCUUCUUCUUCUUCUUCUUCUUCUUCUUCUCGUCCUCCUCCUCCUCCUCCUCCUUCUUCUUCUUCUUCUUUUUCAUCUUCAUGCAAUCUUGCUUCCCUUUCCUCUUUUCAUUUGUCUCUCUUCUUCCAUUUCCUCUCAUUUUAUGUUUAUGCAUUUUAUUUUAACGUUUACUCGUCAUCAUGA